CCGAGUGGCCCCUCCUCUCGCCCCGCUGCCCCUCCUCCCCCGCCCCGCGGCUGUCGCGGAGGGGCCGCGGGGCGGGCGCCCGGCGGGGCUCGACGGGAUGGGCCGUGCCGCGCUGCUCCCCCCGGCCCAGCCCCAGCGGAGGGCGGGCGGGUGUGGGUGCGGUGCACCUGCCGGGCGGCUCGGCGCGGCGGGGCUCGGCGGCGCUCGGCGGAGCCAUGCCGGCCGCCAGCACACCCGGGCUGGACACGCCGCGCACCUCUGCGCUAGGGCGGGACAGCGGCGGCCCCCGCGCAUACACAGGGCAGUGCAGCCACCUCCUCUCGCCGCAGCUCGGCUCGCUGCAGGUCCUUCAUGGCAACGGCACCGAGGUGGGAACAGUGGUCACCUUCCAGUGCUCUGCCGAGCACCAGCUGGAGGGAGCGGCCAUCGUCACCUGUGUUUGGGAAGGGAACAGCACGCAGUGGACAGCCGGAGUGCCCUCCUGCAAGCCCAUAUCAAAAUACGAGACUUUUGGCUUUAAGGUCGCAGUAAUUGCCUCCAUUGUGAGCUGUGCUGUCAUUCUGCUGAUGUCCAUGGCUUUCUUAACUUGCUGUCUGAUCAAAUGUGCAAAGAAAAGUGAGAGGAGAAGAACUCAAAGAGAAAUGCAGCUGUGGUACCAGCUGAAGACUGAAGAACUAGAGCACAUGCAAGCUGCUUACUUUGGUUUUAAGGGAAGGAACAGUAACAACAAUAAUAACAAACUCAGGAUUCCUUCUGUAUUCGGUGACAUGACUAAGAUGGUAUAUGAUAACCAAGGCUUCUACAGGUCCCAGGAAGAGCAGACUUGGGAUGUCGUCGUUCCUGGGUGUUGCAAAGACAACAGUCACCUGCUGAAGGUAGCCAAGAGCAGUGGUGCACCUGGGGCACACACGGUACCGAGACACAACACUGCACUGCAGAUGGUGAACUCCAUACACGUUGUUGAAGUCUACAGUCAUAAGGAUAGUUACAACAAGCCAACCUGUCAGAUACCUGGAUAGCUGGUGUCUCAAAUGCAACUGCUUCUCUGGACCAAAAUGAAAUGUUGAUAGAAAUAUGUGCCUUAAAGACAACACAGAAAGUUCAUUAUUCAUAUGAACUGUAAGUUUUCUAUAUUCCAAGAUGGUUAUUUAAGAGAAAUGCUUCAAGGUCUGAUACAAAUAAAGAUAUGAAUAUUGGGGCUGUCA